AUGGUUGCCGCUAAGAAGCACGUUCCGAUCGUCAAGAAGCACACCAAGCGCUUCAACCGCCACCAGUCGGACCGCUUCAAAUGCGUCGACCCCUCAUGGCGCAAGCCCAAGGGUAUUGACAACCGCGUCCGCAGGAGGUUCAAGGGACAGGCUGCUAUGCCCAAGAUUGGAUACGGAUCCAACAGGAAGACCCGCCACCUUAUGCCCAGCGGCCACAAGGCUUUCGUCGUCGCCAACGUUGCCGAUGUCGACCUUCUCCUCAUGCACAACACCACCUUCGCCGCAGAGAUUGCCCACUCCGUUUCAGCACGGAAGCGCAUCGAUAUCAUUGCCCGGGCGAAGCAGAUCGGUGUCAAGGUGACCAACGGCCAGGCUCGCGUCAAGACGGAGUCGUAG